UUGAAAUGCCUUAAUUUUAAUGAAUAUUGGGCAAGCACCUCGUUUUGUACCGAAAACCGCGACGUAACGCCGCCGGCCUUGCUGCAAGCGCACGAUGUGGUGGCGCGCGAGGUGUACGGCGAGGAGUCGAUGCGCGCGUCGCCGCCGCCAGUCAACGGCCGCGCGCCUCAGCCGCCCGCCGAUGAAGACGAAGACACCGAGCCCGAGUUCGAAAACGUGACCAGGGUGCGCCUCGUGCAAUUCCAGAAAAACACCGACGAGCCGAUGGGUAUAACGCUGAAGCUCGCCGAUGAUGGUCGGUGCAUCGUGGCGCGGAUUAUGCACGGAGGUAUGAUACAUAGGCAGGCCACCUUGCACGUUGGGGACGAAAUUAAGGAAAUCAAUGGAACGCCCGUUGCUAAUCAGUCGGUUGCUCAACUGCAAAGAAUGUUGCGUGAGGCUCGCGGCUCCGUAACAUUUAAGAUCGUACCGUCGUACCGAUCCGCACCGCCACCCUGCGAGCUAUUCCGGAUAAAGCCUUCGCCCGUGCUAAUAUUCGUAAGAGCACAAUUUGAUUACGAUCCUUUAGAAGAUGACUUGAUACCGUGCGCUCAAGCUGGUAUAGCUUUCAACAUCGGCGACAUACUUCAGAUAAUUAGCAAGGACGACUCGCACUGGUGGCAGGCGCGCAAGGACGCGGCGGGCGGGUCGGCCGGGCUCGUGCCCAGCCCCGAGCUGCAGGAGUGGCGCGCCGCGUGUGCCGCAGCCGAACGAUCCAACGCCGACCAAGGAACCGAGGGCUGCGUGUCACACACCGACGGAUGCGACAAUACAGUAAAUUGUUCCAUAUUUGGACGCAAAAAGAAACAAUCCAAGGACAAAUAUUUGGCGAAACACAAUGCAGUUUUCGACCAACUCGACGUUGUCACCUACGAAGAAGUUGUUAAACUGCCUUCUUUCCAAAGGAAAACGAUAGUUCUCCUUGGGGCGCACGGCGUCGGUAGGCGUCACAUCAAGAAUACUCUGAUAGCGCGCCAUCCCGACCAGUAUGCGUACCCAAUACCGCAUACUACCCGACCUCCGAGACCUGACGAAGAGAAUGGACGACACUACUACUUCGUGACACACGAGGAAAUGAUGGCUGACAUUGCUGCCAAUGAGUAUUUAGAAUACGGUACACAUGAGGAUGCUAUGUACGGUACGAAACUUGAAACGAUCCGGCGUAUUCACGCAGAACGACGGGUCGCAAUACUCGACGUGGAGCCACAGGCGCUCAAAGUUUUACGCUCGGCGGAGUUCGCGCCUUACGUCGUGUUCGUGGCCGCGCCACCACUCAACAACGUGGCCGACUACGAUGGUUCCCUGGAAGUGUUGGUCCGCGAGUCUGAACAGCUACGACGCACGUACGGACACUACUUCGACCUGACCAUCGUGAACAACGACAUCGACGACACGCUUGCACAGCUAGAGGCGGCCCUCGUGCGUCUCCGUUCCACGCCGCAGUGGGUGCCCGUCGCCUGGGUCUACUGA